AUGUCGGUUGCAACUACUGUUCUGUACCUCUCAAAAAGAAUUGAUGCCUAUGACUUUGCUACUAAACCAUUCGUCUGUGGAAUAAGUGGCCCGCAAGGGUCCGGUAAAUCAUACAUGGCAGAAUACGUAUACUCGGAACUUUGUACCAAAUAUCCGAAACUUACCAUUCUUCAAUUUCUGAUGGAUGAUUUAUACUUGAGCCAUUCAAAGCAGCUAGAGUUAACCAAAGCUAAUAGCAUUCCAUUGCAUGAAAAUCGCAUGUUGCAAGGUCGAGGCUUGCCAGGAACUCACGACAUUGACUUGGCAGUGAACAUUUUUGAACAUCUUUUUACCAACUAUAAAAAACCAUUCCCAGAGCUCAAAGUUCCACGGUAUAACAAGGCGGCCUUCAAUGGUGAAGGAGACCAGUUUCCUGAAGAUCAAUGGACGGUAAUUCGGAAACCGGUAGAUAUAAUCAUAUUUGAAGGUUGGUUCAAUGGUUUUUGUUCAUUGGACGAACACCAACUUUUACUCAAGUAUAUGACUGCAAAUUACUCCUCCAGUUUGCUUCCUAAACACCCAUUCCACAACUUUUCUGACUUGAAUGUCAAGCUCAAGGAAUAUGAAAAAAUAUGGUCGUUUUUUGACUACUUUGUCUUGCUCGCUACAGACUCUAUAAAAAACGUUUACAACUGGAGACUUCAGCAGGAACAUGCUUUGAUCAAGAAUGGAGGGACUGGCAUGUCCGAUAGCGCCGUACUCAAAUUUGUGGAUCGGUACAUGCCGAUGUACGAAAUUUAUUACGAUAAAGUUUGUGCUAUAGGUUGCUUGGAACCGGGAAACAAUCUUCGAAUCGAGAUAGACAGCGAACGUAACUUGAUACAAUGCGAUGAAUAUUAG